GUUUGCCCUUUCUGGGAUGCGCUUCGUGACCAUCAACGACGACGAGGGCGCGUCCGAGCUCGCGGCCUACUCGAGCCGCGAGAUCCUCUACGACGUCAAGGACGAGCUCGAGCGCAGCGCCGACCCCGAGUACCUCCGGCGCAAACUCCACCGCCAGCGCAUCCGCGACUACCGCCGGUCCAAAGUGCUCGAGCUGCAGCACUUGCAGAAGGAGGCCGCUGCGCUCCAAGCACACAUUGCCCGCCUCCAAGGUCCCAAGAAGCGCGGACCAUCGCGACAGGACUGCCAGCUACCAUGGCGCGAGGUGGCCAUGGCGCUCCGCGAUGCCGCCGAUGCGUCGCAAGCCUGCAAUGCGAGCUUGAAGACCAAGCUACACAAGCACCGCGAGCUCCUCCGCGCCAUGACGUCGUGGGUCUCGGCCAUGUCGAGCGUCCAGCGCUUCCCGAACGCGAACGCUGCCACGUGGCGCAACAUUUGCCUCUUCAAGAGCGACGAGUCGCGCCGGCUUGGCUUUGAGUGGAUGACCAACCACAUGCUCCACCACACAAACGCCGUCUUGGACGAGUGUGCCUUUCCGACCGCGCCGCUUCACGCGACCGAGCAUGCGGACUAUAUGGACUUGCACAUAUCCUGGGACGACGCCGGACGCUACCGGCUCUUCCAGCGCCACCAGACCAUCAUGCACACGAGCUUGGAGAGCAUCACGCACGCCUUGCACCGCAUGUACAUCAGCGACCGUGUCUCGGUCGCCAACAUUGCCAAGGAAGACCUCGAUACGCAGUUUUUGAACGACUCGGGGCGGUACAGCCGGACGCAGGAGUGGUCGGCCAACCCACUGCACUUCCUUCGACGCCAGUUUACAGAGCCCGGGCACCGGUCCAUCAUCGUGGGCCAAAACAUCCUCGAGGACGAAAAGUACCCCGUCGGCAAGUACAUUUGCGACGCCCAAGCCUGGAUUGUCGUGACGCAGCUCGCGCCUGGCGUCAUUUUGUAUCAAAACUACUACACGGCCGAGCAGCUCCACACGAAAGACGGCGUUGCACUGCCGCUGGAAGACGACGUGUGGUCGACCGCGCUGUCGCUGCACACGCUGCCGACGCUCGCGGCCAAGCAAAGGGCGUUUGAGCGCCACGUGCAGCAUCAAUGGGUGCACAUCAUCAAGGCGGCCGAGGCCGGCAUCCGAGCCAUGUGCACAGCGUCGCCAUAACGACGUUUCAAAUAGACAAACCCACC